CACCGCUACACCUAGAACGUUAAUUUAUGAGAAUUACUGAAAACAUUACUGCUGAAAAUCUUGUUUUACUCCCCACCAUGAGCCUGUCUGGGUGUCCACACGUGGGUAACUUCAAGGCUGCAAAAGGAUCAACACCUUAUAGGCUAAUUGUUUCGUAUUUUGUGUCGUGUAGCACAAGUACAGCUGUCAAAAGAAAGGCAAGAGCAUGUCUAUGUCACGUUUGUCGCCAGCCAGACCUCAGGCUUCACUCCUGCCUUUACUGUGUUUUCUUCGGGUGCUAUUCAUCAGGACAUAUACAUGACCACGCUAAGGCAACCAAACAUAACCUUGCCAUUGAUCUGACCCAUGGUGCUGUUUAUUGUUACUCCUGUGGAGACUAUGUAUACGACCACGAAUUUGAGACCAUUGCCAAAGAAGAAAAAACCAAAGCUGCUAAAUUUGUUGGUUCACCUUGCAGUGUGCACGCCUUUCUGUCAUGGGAAGUCACCGCCUCAGAAGUACAGCUACUUCGGCGAAAUCCAAAGAGAAGAAAAAUCACAUCCAAUUCAACAAUAGGUUUACAAGGGCUCAUCAACUUAGGCAACACCUGCUUCAUGAAUUGCAUAGUGCAGGCGUUGACGCACACUCCACUUCUACGAGACUUCUUUCUCGCAGAUAAGCACAACUGUCAGAUGGGGGCGUCCAGUGACCAGUGUCUAGUCUGUGAGAUGUCAAGGGUGUUUCAAGAGUUUUACUCAGGGUUACGUUCUGUGCACAUUCCAUAUCGUCUUCUACACCUCGUGUGGACCCACGCCAGACACUUAGCGGGUUACGAGCAGCAAGAUGCGCAUGAAUUCUUCAUCGCUGCUCUUGAUGUACUUCAUAGACAUUGCAAAGGUCAUAACGGUAUUUCUGGCAAUAAUCCUAAUCUUUGCAACUGCAUUAUCGACCAAAUAUUUACGGGAGGGCUGCAAUCAGAUGUGACUUGCCAAUCCUGCAGGGGUAUAUCAACCACAGUGGAUCCUUUCUGGGACAUCUCGCUGGAUCUAGGUCCCUCAGGGAGUCAUUCCAAGAGCAAUAUGUCAUCAUCCUCCACAUCCUCAGCACCAAUUCGAAAUACUAACCUAUCAGUAGAUAGCAAUUCCUCAGGUUCCAGUACUAGUAGCAGUAGUGUCAAUAACGGAGACUCUGGGUUACUCUCUCCAACUGGCUUUGAAGACGUCCCGACCUCGCUGGACGACUGUUUAAGAAGGUUCACAAGACCAGAACAUCUGGGCACCAACUCAAAGAUCAAAUGUAGCCGUUGCCAUAGUUACCAAGAGUCCACCAAACAACUUACAAUGAAAAAGCUUCCACUGGUUGCUUGCUUCCACCUUAAGAGGUUCGAGCAUUCAAAUCGCUUCCGCAAGAAGAUUUCAACCUUUAUAGCAUUUCCCCACGAGCUAGACAUGACGCCAUACGUAUCAUCGCAUCGACGAGCUAAUGGUGUUAGAAAUCAGUCACAGUCCAGUACCUCUUCAUCAUCUACCUCAGAUAACAAUAGAUACUCGCUAUUUGCUGUGGUGAACCACCUUGGUACAAUAGAGACGGGUCACUACACAUGCUAUGUGAGACAACACAAGGAUCAAUGGUUUAAGUGUGAUGAUGCUCUCAUUACCAAAUCCAGCGUGCAGGAUGUACUUCACAGUGAGGGGUAUCUUUUAUUCUACCACAAACGCAUCUUAGAGUACGAAUGAAAGGGAAGAGAGUGCCAAAUUAUUCAUCGAGACAGUGCAACCUCAGCUUUUGUGCCAUUCAGAAGAAAUGUAUCGCAAGAUCUGGUAUCGGUGCGUUACUCUGUUCAGUCUGGUUCCAAAGACCAUUUCAAUAUAACUUCAUGUACUUCAUCAUCUACCUACAGGGAACCAUACUCCAAAAUGGAUUCUAUAUGUAAGAUUGAUCUCUGUGUAAGGUUAGAGAAUGAAUUUAAAUUAUAAACCAAUUAGCAAAACGGGCAAUAUUUUGUCUGAAGUUAUUAUGCGAUGACAGAAAUGCUCAGAGCUAGUAUAAUCGAUAUUGAAUUUCUUGUAAAAUGCAAGGGCCUUUGUAGUUUGAUUGGUGAAAAGUUAUUCCUCCUUAUACCAAUCACGAUUACCGUGGUCCAGUGGUUUGACUGCAGGACUUGCAAUCACAAGGUUGCGGGUUUGAAUCACCAAGCUAACUGUCCAUUUCACAAUGACAUAGAAUAAGUAUUGGCGUCACAAUUUCUUAAUUUGUGCAAUUCAUAAUCAAAGCAUUAUUAGCUGUGCCAGCUUGGUGUUUACAUCCCCUUGUGGGAGUUUGCCGAGUUCCCUUGAUGGAAAUAUCAUUUAAAACAAACAAGCAAACAAACAAUCAAAUCAGAACCCAAAAGUCCAGGGCCUGAAUUCGCGGCUCUACUUGCAAUUACAUUUCUUUGCUUACAGGGCAACUUCUGCGCAGCUGUGCAAGCGAAGAAUACAUGUACCUCCUAACCUGGACCAUGCACAUGUAUUAGCAUAAAUUUCCUGCUAAACUGUGAAAUACGCUUGACGAAUGCACAGAUUUUCCUGCUAGCAUAAGCGCAAAUCCUUUGCUUACAUUAAGCAGAGCCGUGAAAAUGUGUUUGUA